AAGUCUUGCCAUCAUGAUCUUCGUAAAUAAAUAUUUUUGAUCCUGCCUUUGUAUUAGAUUGUGGUGUAGCUAAUAUUGUGUCCAGUGCAUGGGCCACAUACAGUAGAUGAAGGUCAAGUGGAUACAAUACGCCACAGGUCCAGCACAGUGCUAUUGUCGUGCAGCAGCAGAUUAAAUAGAAGCACAUGAUGGCACCAUGUGAUUUCUCUGAGAAUUUGGCUAAGCACGCUCACUUAUUUCCUCCUCCCUUUUCUUCCCCCUCUUUUCUUCCUUGUGUUCAGAGCGAGCGGCCUGGCUGCGUGUGUGGCGUGUACAGACCGUCAUGGCGUCCCCUCGGCUGGAGACGUUCUGCUGCUCGAACCGGGAUCCGGCGACCGAGCUGGUUGUGACUUUCCAGCCGGUUCUGUUCGGAGCGCUGACGGUGGGCAGCGCGGUCCUGAGCCUGGUCUUCACCGUCCUCCAGAUCCUGCCCAAGAAGAAAGGCUACAGGAGACUGGGACAGUACCCUCUGCCCAGACCGGCAUCCUCGUCACGGAUACUCUUCAUCAUCAGCCUGUGUGAUAUUAUGGGAUGCACAGGCAUCAUUCUCAGGUCGUCUCUGUGGAUCGGUCUGCCCGGCACCGUGGAGCAGAUCUCCGAGGCCAACAGCACCGACGUUUGGCCGGACGUCCUCUGCCUGGGCAGCGCGAUGUGGAUCCAGUUGUUCUACAGCGCUUCUUUCUGGUGGACCUUCUGCUACGCCGUAGACGUCUUCCUGGUGGUGAAGACGUCCGCAGGAAUCAGCACCAUUAUCCUUUACCACAUGAUCACAUGGGGUCUGGCUCUGCUGCUGUGUGUGGAGGGCCUGGCCAUGCUCUACUACCCCUCCAUCUCCAACUGCGAACAAGGUCUGCAGCACGCCAUCCCUCACUACGUCACCACGUACGCGCCCAUGCUGCUGGUCCUGGUGGCCAACCCCAUCUUCUUCAACAGGACCACGUCAGCAGUGACAUCGCUGCUGAAAGGACGCCAAGGGAUCUACACGGAAAACGAGAGGCGGCUGGCCAGCACCAUAAAGAUCCGCUUCUUUAAAAUAAUGCUGGUCUUUUCCAUCUGCUGGCUUCCCAACAUCAUCAACGAGAGCCUCCUCUUCUACCUGGAGAUGCAGGCCGACGUCGGGGACAGCACUCUCAGGAAUAUCCGCAACGCUGCGCUCAUCACCUGGUUCAUCAUGGGGAUCCUGAACCCCAUGCAGGCCUUCCUCAACACGCUGGCCUUCCACGGCUGGACCGGUCUGGACGUGGACCUGAGCCGCAGGAGGGAGCUGGCCUGGGAGUCGCCCUCCACCUCGGUGGCCAACGGCGGCGGCCACAACGCCAUGGUGGGCACGGCCCUGCUCUACCAGAGUCACGUCCAGGAGGCCAAGAAAAGCAUGAACGGCAACGGGCAGCCGCAGUCGGACGCCAUCAGCGUCCUCUCAGAAGGUUCAGAAUCUAGCACAGUUGAAAUCCACAUUUCCAGCGAGCUCCCAGACUAUGGCGAUAUAGACGCUGAUGAAGAAUCCUCGGGGACGUCAGGGAGACAUUAGCCAACAUGCCAGCGUCAUCAAACACUACUUGGGCUGGUAACUUUUAGAUGUUGUAAUACUUUUAUUAUCUUGUGUAAUAUUAGGCUCUUUUCUAGUUAGUUUUUAAGCUCAUGUCUGUAUUUUAUUUUGUCAUUUUUGCACACAUUUUACACAUUAAAUAGCAGACCUGUUUCUUACAUGGGGACAAGUGUGUUGUACUUUAAAGCACUGAAAAUAACUUGUUCUAUAAAGUCAUGGACUAACA